AUGGCUCAGCUUUUGAAGAAUGUAUGGAGAAAUGUUUUAAGUGGCAACUCACUCAGCAAAACAACAUUCAAGUCUACAAAGUUUUCAACUAGCUUAUCGGAGGUAAUGCGAACUAAGUCACCAGAUACAAUAAUGGCUAGCAUUAAAACGUCACAGACCGCUGAAAACAUAUUGGCAAUGGUUCAGCAACACCUUCCGAUGAUGACACACAAGCACCUGUUACAAGCUUUACGCAGCCUCUUCGAGCUACAGAAGGCUGGCAAAUUCGAUCACACCGACAACCUCAUCAAGGAUCCGGCGUUUGGUAUUCUUUGUCAAAAUUUUAAUAAACAUGCUCGCGCUCUAGAAGUCAACGAAGCUGUAGAAGCCGUCAAAGUGUUGUCAUAUCUAAAAGUCCCUGUGGACUCAUUGAUAGUGCAAACCAUGCUUCAAUUGAUACGGGCCAACAUAAACCUGAUAAACAUACGUCAGAUCAUGUUUUUGGACUUCGUUCUAGAUCAGUUUGAUAGCAAGAAUCAUCUGGUAGAUGUUCUAAAACUGGCGCUUCCUUUAGCCUUCCAAAUCCAUUUGCCAUUGGAGCUUGACAACAAUGAUCUGCCACUUUUAAAAGAUAUGCUAAUGUACUGCUGCAAUCGUGACCUACCUGAUCGAUGCAUCAACAACAUUGUCACAGGUCUCCUCUUACACGAUCAAAUCAUAGACGCUCAGUCAGCUAAGUCGAUUGUUUGGUCGCUCUGCCAAAUCAACUGUACAGAACAGUUUUUCCCGACCAGAGUGCAACUGUUGCAUAUAUGUUACGAUAUAUUGGUGCAACGCAUAGACCAAUUGACAUACAACGAUGUGCUCAAAACCGCCGCGAAGGUCAAGGGUCGAGUGUUGGAGAAGCAUCCGGAGUACUAUCACGAACAGUUACUAGAUGCGACGGCUGAAUAUGUUAUCAGGAAUAAUAUCGAAUUUGAAAAAGCACUUUUGGUGGCCAGAAUUCUCUCACGAGUGGCUCACACACAUCUAGGCUUGAUGGAAUAUCUCUGCAACCUUGUUACAAUUGGGCCAGUAGAUCUGUCCAAUGCCCGGACGAACAUUCUCUUCAGCUUUGUGAACUGCCUCUCCAACAACAAUUACACACCGGAACAAGAGCAGUGGGACAAAAUGCGCGAGCAAAUAUCAAAAAAUCCAAUCCUGAAUGCUACCAAUGCUGCUCUACCAUGGCCUAAAUUCUGUCUAGAGCUCGCUUCACUCGGACAUUAUGAAGAUAAAUUACUCAAAAGGGUUUUCUCUGAUGACUUCCUCCAAGAUUACUUAUCGAGGGAGAAGAACACCCUUGAUCUGCUACAACUCCUCACAUUGAAUGAAGCAGUGAAUGCAUUUUAUAGUGAUGAGUAUAAAUUACCACCCCAAAUCCUGGAGAAAGCCAAGGCGGCUUAUCCAGUUCAUGCAUUAACUGAGCAUUUAAAGGAAAGCCUGGUCAGAGGCUUGGGUGGUGAGGAAUAUAUCGCAAAGAAUGUGGUGUUACCAAGUGGUGUUGUUGCUGAUCUAUUUUUGUGUAUGAAAAAUGGCAACCCUGUUAAACUACCAAACACUACGCAGGAGGAAAAGAUACCAAUUGAAAAACUGAACCUACCAUUAGGAUCAUUACCGAUCUGUAUACUGAACUUCAAUCAAGGAUGCUAUUCAAUGAACAGUAAUCGUCUUCGGGGCACAUUUCGCUUAGUCCUGGACGUUUUGGACAAACAGGGUUAUGCAACAGUCUCUAUUAAUGUGACAGAAUGGUUGAAGACCCCUGCUCAUGAACGCACCCCUUACCUAAUGAGAGAGAUUGGCUACAAGUGUGGGGAGAUGGGAAUGAAACUGUCAGCGACCUGA